UCUCAUAUUGACAUGACCAAGGCGGCGAUGCCACAGCCAUCCUUCAUCAUGUUUGGCCAUUAGACAUGUGGGAAGUGAUGGGCUCUCUAUUGAGAGGUCAACCACGUAAAGGUUGUUCUCCACAUAUCCAACAAGGACCAAUUUGAGAUUAUCACUCCUAAAGACUUUCACACAAUAAUUAGUAAAAUAUGAAUUAUAGCCGGCAUCUGCAAGGUGAUAUAUAGAAAGCAAGUUAUAGCCAAGGGAUUCAACAAGCAUGACCGUCUCAAGGCACAAGUCCUUAGAGAUUGCCACCUUGCCAUACCCAAGUACCUUUCCCUUUGAAUUGUCACCAAAGGUGAUGCUCGACUUCUUGUUAACAUCCUCUAUGAAUUGGUCAAGCACACCUCUUCCUCCGGUCAUAUGAUUGAUGCAUCCACUAUCAAACACCCAUUUUGGACCACCGGAGGAAUACCCCUACAAAAUCAAGUAGAGGUUUUAGGAACCCAUCGAUUAAUGGGUUCCUUUGUAAUGGUAAAAAGAUCUUUUGGUACCCAAAUUGAGUAUCCUCUAUAAGCAUAGCCACUACGAGGACCAACAUAGUUAGCAUAAACAUCACCAUAAUAAUCAACAAAUAAAUCAUAGUGAUUGUUAGGUCCCGUGCGGUCACCACUACUGGCUUUGCCCUUUGAGGCUUUGCCAACAUUAGUGACCUUCUUGUUCUUCUCUUGAGCGGGUUUCUCCUUCUUGUAGUUAUUCUUCUUGUAGGGCUUGGGAGCAUACCCAAGUCCGUACUUUUGAUUGUUUGACCUUUGCUUACUCAAAAGGUCAUCCAAUCCCAUCUUAUUCUUAGCGGUAGUGAACUUAGCUAGUUCCUUUGUCAACCUAGCAUUUUCCUCAAGAAUAGUUGCUUGCUCACAAGCCAAUUCAGUUGGAUGAUAGUUGAGACCAUAUUUGGUCACCAAGGAUUCAAGAUAUGUAUUGGUCUCAACAUACAAAGAUAGUUCCUUUUGCAAACGAACAUGUUCCUCAACAAGUUUGUCAUGCUCACAAGUAAAUGAGGUGGAGGGACUAGCAACAUUUUCAGCAAUAAUGGGAUCAUUCAUUGAUCCAAGAGCCUUCUUGUAGGUUUCUUGGAGUAGGUCAUGUGUUCGGGGGAUGACCCCCGGUAGGUCAAGACUAUGGCAAAUAUGCCAGGAUAAGCUAUUUGUAUACCGGAUUAAUGUUUUAUCCGGAUUCUGAAAGCUAGGUUUAACAGUGCUAAGUUGAUACUGUCCGGUAUACCAGGAGGGGUAUGCCGGAGUACGGGAAGCAGGUGAUAUCUAAGCCUGUCGAUAUACUCAAGAGAAGAGUUUGAGAUACAAAGGGAAAGAAGCCGGGGCUCACAGGUAAAGAUACCGGAGAACCGACAUAAGCUCAACUGUAGCAUGUCGACACCCCGGUCAAAGAUUCCCUCAAGGACCAAAGGACAAGAUGAGCGAAGCACUUCAUCUUUAAUCGAAGCCCUGACGUCAAAGCAGAAGCUGGCGAUAAAGAUACCGGAAGAGAUCAUCAGCCCUCUGAUUAAAGACAGAAGCGUCAUCCCUGGAGCCAAAGUAGAUUUAUAAAGUAGCUUAGGGCAGCAAAGAUACCCCUAGAUUCCUUCUCUUGUAAGCCUCCUCUCCCCUAUAUAAGGAGAGGAGGGGCACCCCUGUGCGGGGGACGAAUAAACGGAUGAAUAGAUGAGCAUUAAAUGAUCGACCCUUGGGCUGUAGGUUCUCACCUUGUAGUCCGUACAUCUUCAACCUCUGGCCUUUGGCCAAGUUCUUGAGAUCAAUACAAGCCUGAGUUCAAUCUCCUUUUCCCUCUAAUCCUUCCCCUCACCCGGAUCCUCAAGCGUACAUCCGGCCCCUAUCUUAAGCCUACCCAUGGCAUCUGUUGUUCCACCACGAUGGCAGUUGGCGCCCACAGUUUGGUUAGUGUUUGGUUAGGGUUAGAACAUGUACUUAUCGAUUUAAUAUUUUGCAAAAAUAAUGGAUCCAUUAUUCCAUCGAGACUUCGAAUAGGAAGACAUAGUCGAGGACAUAAUCCGCGAAGCCGAUCUAGAAGGCGACCGAGAAGCCGACGGCUCCGGUGAUGGACAAGACGAAUUCUUCGUUGAUGGAGAAGACCACGACUCCGGUGAUGGAGAUGACCACGGCUCCGAUGAUGGAGAAGCCGACGGCUCCGGUGAUGGCGAGGUAUAUGAUCACUAAAUGUAUUAAUGGAAUUCUAUAUGUACAUGUAUAUAAAUUAAUUAAUUUUUAUUCUCUUAGGCCUCCCAAAAUAAGUUGGACAAACGAGGCCCGGCAAAGAAGUUGGGCAAAGAUGACCACUGGACAAUUACAUGUAUAUCACCUAAAGGCCAACCGCUGGAACCCGCACAAGCCGCAACGAUAUUUAAAAAUCAGUGCGGAGUUAUGGUUAGGGAUCGCAUCCCGAUCACUAUUAGAGAAUGGAACAAGAGCAAGAAGGUGCCCGAAAGUGAGGUUGCCGAUAGGUACAAAGACAAGCUUUUUGAUGACCUCAUGGCACAUUUCACCUUGCCAGAAUUGGGAUCGCAGACUGAGAUGGACAAGCAGAGGCAGCUAGUGAAGAAGUGGGCUCUUCAGAAGAUGGGGGAACUUUUCCAGGCGUGGAAGAACCGGUUAUGGGCAAAUUAUAAGGAGGACAACAAGCCUCCAAAAUUCGAAGGCUAUCUAUCGAAGCAGGAGCAUAACUGAGGUGCAUUUGUGAAGUACAAGAGCUCAGAGGAUGCUGUGGCAUUGUCAAAGAAAAACAAGAAGAAUGCAAGCGAAAAGACAUAUCACCAUCAUACGGGGCGAGGGGGCUACCAAGUAGCCAUGCCUAAGUGGGAAGCACAAGAGGCUGAGAUGCAGCGGAAUGGGAUCAUUCCAGAACCCAUCUGAGAAAACUGGGACUUGAGGGCUCGAAAUUGGUUCCUUGCGCAUGGCUGUGAGUAUGACAUGCGGACAGGGGACCUUGUUCAAAGUGACAGCAAGGUUAAGAUACCCAGGGAAAAAUGGCUUGAAGUGACGGCAGCUAUUAAAUCGGGAAAAUUGAAGUUUGUUCCCGAUAGAGAGAAAGACUUGCUGACGCUUGUCCUCGGUAAUCCUGAAAAGGGAGGACGAACAAGAGGUUUCGGCCCUAGUUAUCCGUGGUCGCUUGGGUUUCCGGACGACGCGGAGACUUAUAGAAGCCGAGCGAGAGCAAAACAACGCCAGCUGGAGGUGCAGAAUGACCGGAUGACCGAGUUCCAACGCCGACUUGACCAUCAGCAGUGGGAGAUUCAGCAGCAGCAGCGGGAGAUUGACGAACUUAAAGGACGACGCGAGCCAGAUAAUACCGCCGGCAUAUCUCAGCGGCGAAGCAGCAGCGUGGCUGACUCGGAGGCCCCGCCUGAAUGUACACGGAUGAUAGAUGGCGGUCCUGGCUACCCCGUGGAUGGAAUCAAGGAGAAAACACCUUGUGAUCUCCAUGAGGUGUUAGGAACAUAUCUCUUAAGGUGGCGGUCGGCUAUGUUUUACCUGCAUUAGGACCUGAAGGUGAGCUGGCACUAUGGCGUGGCAAUGAGAUUCCAGCUGGCUAUGCUCGUGUCGGGGUGGAUUCAAUUGUACCAACGUUUGAGUCAUUGUAGCUUGAAAUCCCGGGAGGUGAAGGUCAGGUUACACUCGAAGACGUACUGGGUGACCUCAUUCUUUGGGAGAAGAAAAACAUCAGGCUUCCAGGCUAGGUACCCCCUAGUAGUCAUCGCAUGUCAGCAUCACCUCCUCCAAGUGAUCGCAGGUCACCAUCACCUCCUCCGAGUGGUCACAUGCCACCAUCACCCCAUGAGUAUGACCACCACAUCCCUAGUCCAUCUCCAUCUCCUGCGCUGCCGCCUGCGCCCACUAAGACUCGGCAUGCACCCAAGCGGAAGAGUUUCAAGAGUCUUGUCCGCCGACUGUCGCCCCUCCCAAGAGUACCAAAGGUUCCUCCCCCCCGUCCUUACGAUCUUACUGAAGAGGAAACUGAUGCCGUUGUAAAGAAACACAAUCAUGAGCAUUUUCAUAAGGAGAAACCCAAGCCCCCAGCACCAUAUACAGGGAAGCAAAAAAGCAUAUGCUCUUGAUUUUCUGAACACACCAUCGCAAUAUGACUUACACGAGAAGAAGGAUGACUAUACACGCACACUUGCGAAGGUAAUUGAGCAGAGCAAUGAGAAGGAUAGUGCUAGCACGAGCAAAUCAUCAACUAGAAGUGUAGCCGGGAAGCAAUCGAGUGCACCCCUCAAGGCCAAGCAAGCGACGACAACAAGCACGAAAAGAAAGAAAGUUCCCCAGCUCGGAGAACAGACCAAACAAUCGAUCCCACACAUCAAAGUGUUAGAUGUUCCCUCGGUGUACCAGGGACAUGGUGGCAUCGAUAUGGAAGAAACCUUGAAGCUAGUGGCUCAAAUAGGCUGUACUGUGGAGGAAUUGCUGGGUUCCCAAGAUGGUGCACUACCCAUUGCUGAUAUAGCCCCUAAAUUUGUCUACGGGGCCGACUUGGUCAGCAGAGAGCGGCUGCAUCAACUGCCAACUCAUAUGCGGAAUUUGCAUCAGUGGUACCUUGAUGUGUGCAAGGAGAACACGACAUUCAUCGUGGCGAAUAUCCCAGAUGCAUAUUACUUCCGAAGGGAGGUUCUCCAUAUUGAGAUUUCCGAACUCUGGCAGUUAUUCAAUUUAGACUCCCUCGACAAAUCUCUCAUGAGCUGCUAUUGCUUACUGAAGAUCGAUGAAUGCAGAAUAAAGAAUAUAAUCAAUACUGGGUUUGUUGACCCAAAUAAAGUACAUCAUGACACGGAAUAUUCCAUAGGUACUACUUGUGUUGGAUUCAAGUAUGGAUGCCAUGAAGAUACAAGGUUGACCAAUACAAAGAGUGAAGAAUAGAUUCAAGUUUGGUCAACACAUGAAGCAUGAAGAAUGUGCCACAUAAAGUCAUGUGGUAUGGUAAGCCUUGUCAAUUAUGCUUUAUGAACUAACCCAUCAUAUAUGUGCACUUGUGUUGUCCAUGUGGGUUAGGUAUCUUUCCAUGGGCAUGCAUCAAAAGUGAGAUCUCAUAUAGCCCAUGAGAGGAUGACAUCAAGUGGUGAUCGUCAUCAAGGUUGAGUUGGGCAAGUUCAAGUUGAGCAUCUCAAGAGGAUCAUAUGCUUGAAGCUUGCCGUCCAUUUGGUGAUAAUGGACAUGUGAAGAUGUGCAUCAAUGGAGCUUUCCCAUCAUGGUGUAUGUGGGAGCAUUUGUGAGUCUUCACAAAGCAUCAAUGAUGAAGUGAGGCAUUUCGGCUUGAGUGGAGCUUGAAGAGCUAUCGUCAAGAUCAAGCGGGAUGCGCAAGGCAAAGGUAUGGCCUUGCUAGGUUUUUUCCUUUUACCGGUCUCAAGGUGGUUGAUGGGAGACCGGAUUAUAGGAUAGAUAGCCGCACUAUCAAGAGGGGCUUUCGGUUGGGUAACUUGAUCACAUCGUCUUAGGGAGCUCAAUCCUUUGCAUACUUUGCAUAUCCCUAUUGCUUCUUGGUGUUUCUCUGUGUGAGGUUCUUGAGCUUGUUGCUAGCUUUACAACAAGCCCAAGUUCAUCGAAAACGGAAUCCGCAUGCAUCUUCUAUUGCGUUUUCGAGUUUGGACGUCUUCACCGUUUCUUGACGGUGGGAGACUCCCUCUCUAAAAUCAUACAAAAUUGGUUUCAUGUCAAUCGGGGUCCGGACACAAAAGUUAUCACAGUUUUUAUAAACAUGUUUUAUCCGGUCUGUGGCCCGGUCAACCGGCCAUGCAACCGGGUGGUCCGGUCAGGAGCCCGGCCAACCGGGUUCUGGACCGGAUGCGCCCGGCGCCGACCGGGCCCUGGUCCGGUGCAAUCCGGGCGCUAUCCAGGGGACUUUACCUGUCGCCCGGUCGCCGCCCGGUCAGGCGCCCGGUUUGGACCGACGGUUCCGGUCACAGGCCCGUUCUGACCGGGCUCUCGACCGGACCGCCCGGUCCCAGAUCCGGUCAACCGGAUUCCUCGAAGCUUUGCCCUCCCCAACGGUUAUUUUCUCCCUUUAGCUAUAAAUAGCCCUUCUUCCACCUUGGGCUGAGUUAGUUCUUCCCCUUCUCCACCUCCAUUGUUGCUAUUUGAAGAACUUGCUUCCCCUCUUGAUUCCUCCCAUGAUUCUUGCCCAUUCUUGAGGAUUUGAGAGAGGAGAUCUAGAUCUACAUUCCCCACCAAUCAAUUUCUCCUCUAAGUGAGGGAAACCCUUUGGAUCUAGAUCUUGGAGUCUUUUGUUGACUUUCCCCAUUGUUCUUCCUCUCUAAUCUCAUCCUAGCAUUUGUUGCUUGGGUGGGAUUUGAGUGUGAAGGACUCGAACACCUCUAGUGUUCUUGCUUUGCAUCAUUGCAUAGUGUUGAGCUCUCCACCACGAUUAGUUCGAGUGAGAGACCGUGAGCUUGUUACUCUUGGAGGGAGACCUCCUAGUUGGCUUGGCGGUUGGUGCCCCGGUGAUCUCUUCAAGGAAGAUUGUGAAGAGGCCCGGGCUUCUCCUUCGUGGAGCUUGUGAAGUGGUUGUGGAGCUUGCCAUCUCCGGAGUGGAGGAAAAGCUAACCAUAAGGAAAGGGCCAUUAUCCUUCGUGGGUGUGGCUCGGAGAAUAGGGUGAGCCUUCGUGCCGUUGGGGAAUCCUUCGUGGGACCUCCACUCCUCCAAACGUGACGUACCUUCUUGCAAAGGAAGGGAA